AUGGCUGACCCGAGUGGUGAAGCAUCGUCGUCGAGUAGUGUAUCUGAGCCAACUAUUCGCGAGGAAAUAGAAAAAGCUAACGAGGAUUUUAUAGAGCCAGAUCAAAAGAGGCGUAAAUUGCUCUGUACCAAUGGACACUUGAUGUGUGCGGGAUGCUUUACUCAUGUCCUCGCCGACGCGAGACUAAGGGAUGAGUUGGCUACUUGUCCUAAUUGCAGAAUUGAGAUUAGCAAAACUUCUGCGUCUAGGAACUUGGCCGUUGAGAAGGCUGUUUCUGAACUACCUGCAGAAUGCCAGUUUUGUGCUAAGGAGUUCCCGAGAAAUUCGCUGGAACGACAUGAAGAAAUUAUGUGUGAAGAAAGAAUAUCUAGCUGCAAGUACAGUCGAAUCGGCUGCCCAUGGCGAGGUCCAAAUCACGAGCGUGCUGAGCACGAGUCACAGUGCGUCCACCCUCAUCGCACGGGUGCUGAUGUAAUGGAAGCCCUGCGUGACAUUGACGCGCGUACCCUGGAGGAACGCAAGCACUACGACAAUAUUUUUGAUCUUCUGUCUUACGAAAAAAUCACAUUCAACGACUUGCAAAUGAAGCCAUACCGCACCGACGAGUUUGUACACAAAUUAUUCUAUGAAACAUCACGCUUCUCUGCGUUCAAUCAUCAAUGGGUUGUAAAAGCUAGAAUUAAUAAUAGCCAGAGAGAUCCCACACAGAGUUCCGAGCGUGAUAUGACUUAUCAACUGAUUUUAAAAACUAAGACAACAUAUCCCUUGGCGCUCCACUAUUUAAUCCUAAAAGGACCCUUCGGUGACAUGAAAGUACAGCCUCGCAUUCACAAAUUCGAUUUCACAGAGCAAGAUAAUGAGAGUCCGUAUUUACCACUACCAUUACCAGACACCGCUGAAUGCAACAGACUUUUAGCGGCCAAAGCAAUAAGUUUCCGGUAA